GCUCGUUUCCCUAGAUAUUCAAACGAGAAUGAGAGGUGGGAUGAGGACAGUUGUUGCUGUGUUGUCUUUGCUUUGCUUUCAUUUUCUGUUGGUGAGUGUGCAUGUAGUUGCAGGAGAUGAUGACGGACACUCGAAAGCUGACGAGGAGGAGAAGAAUUUGUUCCUAGGUUUUGGGAAGGGAGGUGGAUUUGGUGCGGGUGGGGGUGCUGCUGGUGGUGGCUAUGGAGGUGGAGGUGGAGGCGGUGUAGGUGGUGGUGGGUUUGGGAAGGGCGGAGGAUUUGGUGUUGGGAUAGGCCCGGGUGGUGGAAUUGGUGGUGGAGGUGGCGCUGGUGGCGGGGGUGGAGCUGGUGGUGGUAUUGGAAAGGGUGGAGGAAUUGCUGGAGGCGGCAUUGGAAAAGGUGGUGGAAAGGGUGGGGGCAUUGGAAAGGGUGGUAGAAAGGGUGGGUGCAUUGGAAAGGGUGGGUGCAUUGGAAAGGGGGGUGGCAUAGGUGGUGGUAUCGGCAAGGGUGGUGGAAUUGGCAAAGGAGGAGGUGGUGGAGUUGGAGGAGGGAUUGGGAAAGGUGGUGGCAUAAGAAAAGGAGGCGGCGGAAAUGGUCGAGGUGUCGGUGCAAAGGGAGGUGUAGGCCUUGGAAAGGGAGGUGGAGUUGGUGGUGGCAUAGGAAAAGGAGGGGGCGCCAUUGGUGGAGGUGGAGGUGCAGGUGGAGGGGGAGGUGUAGGUGGAGGCUUUGGAAAGGGAGGUGGAGUUGGUGGGGGCAUAGGAAAAGGAGGCGGCGCCAUUGGUGGAGGUGGCGGUGCAGGUGGAGGUGGAGGGGGAGGUCUAGGUGGAGGUGGAGGCUUUGGAAAGGGAGGUGGAUUUGGUGGGGGCAUAGGAAAAGGAGGUGGUGGCAUUGGUGGUGGUGGAGGUGGAGGGGGAGGGGGAGGCUAUGGUGGAGGGGGAGGCUCUGGUGGAGGUUGGGGCUUUGGAGGUGGCAUAGGUAGUGGUGGAGGUGGCGGAGGUGGAGGAGGAGGUGGUGGUGGUGGAGGUGGUGGAGGAGUAGGUGGAGGAAGUGGAUUUGGGGGUGGAUGGGGUGGUGGAAUUGGCCAACCAUAAACUCCACGUUGCAUGCAUGCAUGGGAGUUGCACUUUACACAUAUAUGUUAAAAAAGAUUGACAACAUGACUCAAUGAGGAGUCCAAUGUUUUCGCUUCAA